AGACGCAGGGUCCGUUCCGUAAAUCGUCCGCUGUUCUGGUUUAGAAGGCCAAAUAGCGACUUUUCGCUUCAAAGACGUGAUGGCUGCAAGACUGCAUUUACUUUACUCCAUGUCAAGGCCAGGCACUUUAGUGGCCAGCCAGAAUCUAGUGAGGUCCUUCAGUUUGUCUGCACAAAGGGAAGGAUUCAAGUAUGUGAAUGCCCAGGAGAUCCCUACAGACAUGAAAUCCAUCACAGACAGAGCUGCCCAGACGCUGCUGUGGACAGAACUGUUCAGAGGUCUGGGCAUGACUAUGAGCUACCUGUUCAGAGAACCUGCCACCAUCAACUACCCAUUUGAGAAGGGACCUCUGUCACCUCGCUUCAGAGGAGAACAUGCCCUGCGCAGGUAUCCUUCAGGAGAGGAGCGCUGCAUCGCUUGCAAGCUGUGUGAAGCUAUCUGUCCAGCCCAGGCCAUCAGCAUUGAAGCAGAGACUCGCGGUGACGGCAGCAGGAGGACGACUCGCUAUGACAUCGACAUGACCAAAUGCAUCUACUGCGGUUUCUGUCAGGAGGCGUGUCCUGUGGAUGCUAUCGUAGAGGGUCCGAACUUUGAAUUCUCCACUGAAACCCACGAGGAACUGCUCUACAACAAGGAGAAGCUCCUCAACAAUGGAGACAAGUGGGAAGCAGAGAUAGCUGCCAACAUACAAGCUGAUUACCUCUACCGAUAGACACACACACACACACACACACACCAGCCUAACCUCUCUGACACACACAUACGUCCAUACUGUAUAUACUGUAAGAAGACAGCCUCAGCUGUGAUGGAUGUGCUUCAGGGUUGGAUUUGUCUCUUAUUUAAAACAACAUCAUCAACACAUUUCUUCCAGCAUCGGUGUCCUCCCCCUCUGUUAUGAUGAAUAUAAUUAGAUAACUCUAUGAAUUUUACCAUGUCAUACCAAACCAUGUCAAUGUUUGGAUUACAUAUUCGUUGUAGAAUGAUGAAUACAACACUGGCUUUCUUUGAUUCAUGUAAAAGACUCUCGCUGCCACAGCAUAGUCCAGACUAACAAGAAUCCAGUGAGGAGCAUGUGGUUUGUUUCUGCACUGGAGAGUCAGACAUGCUGUGACAGUGUGGGCUGCUACACACUAAUGGCAGAUUGCAGACUUCAUCCUGGAUUGACUCUGAUGUACCACACAAGUAUGCAUGGAUGUUUCUUUAUCAUUGUUAUCCUACUUUCAUGCUAUUUCCACCCUGACUCAAAUAUAUUUCUGGGAGAAACAUUAAA